GCGCCGGCGCGCGGCCGGGCCGAGCCCGGGCACCACGCCGCGCGGAGCCCUACAGCGGUGGACGCCAUGCUCGCGCUGCUGCCGCUGCUGCGUACGAGCUGGAGCAGGCGCGCGGGCUCCCUGGUCGCCAUCCGCCUGCCUGGUGGCGUGAGCGCCGGGGACGGGCUGUGGCGUGCCAUGAGCCGGUACCGCACGGAGGGGCGCGGCCAGCCCCACUCGCCGGGGUACCGCCUCUUCUUCAAGAAUGAAGCUGGUCACUACAUUUCCCCCUUUCAUGAUAUUCCUCUGAAGGUGGAUCCUAUAGAGGAAAAUGGCAUUCCUACAAAGAGAGCACGAAAUGAUGAAUAUGAGAAUUUAUUUAAUAUGGUUGUCGAGAUACCUCGGUGGACAAAUGCUAAAAUGGAGAUUGCCACGAAGGAGCCAUUGAAUCCCAUUAAACCAGACAUAAAGGAUGGCAAGCUACGCUAUGUGGCGAAUAUCUUUCCUCACAAGGGUUAUAUAUGGAAUUACGGUGCCCUCCCUCAGACUUGGGAAGAUCCCCGUCGAAAAGAUAAGAGCACAGACUGCUGUGGAGAUGACGAUCCUAUUGAUGUCUGUGAAAUAGGCUCAAAGGUUCUUUCUCGUGGAGAGGUUAUUCGUGUGAAGAUCCUUGGAGUUUUGGCUCUGAUUGAUCAGGGUGAAACAGAUUGGAAAUUAAUUGCUAUCAGUGUGAAUGAUCCUGAAGCCUCAAAGUUUCAUGAUAUUGAUGAUGUUAAGAAGUACAAACCAGGUUAUUUGGAAGCUACGCUUAAUUGGUUUAAAUUGUAUAAGGUGCCAGAUGGAAAACCAGAAAACCAGUUUGCUUUUAAUGGAGAAUUCAAAAGCAAGGCUUUUGCUCUUGAAGUUAUUAAAUCUACUCAUGAAUGUUGGAAAGCAUUGCUUAUGAAGAAGUGUGAUGGAGGGGCUAUAAAUUGCACAAAUGUGCAGGUAUGCGAUAGUCCUUUCCAUUGUACUCAAGAGGAAGCAAGAUCAUUAGUUGAUCAAGAUCGAUCGGUAUCAUCUUCACCAAAUGAAGAAAGUAAUGAAGAAGAGCAAGUGUGGCACUUUCUUGGCAAGUGAUGGGAACAUUUGAAGCUCUGCUAUCAAGAUUCCAAUCUCUAAAGGACUUACAGACUCCAUCUCCUGCAAAUGCUAGCAACGGGAAGAUUUAUGAGAAUUUGCUGACUUUCUGUUGAAACUUUUUUUCAAACUCUUUGAGAUAUGCACUAUGUAAAUAAACACUGGAAUU